AUGAAGAUUUUAUUUAAUAAUACUUUUGAACUCUUUUGUUUAUUUGUUUUUGUAACAUGGGCAUUAUUUUUAAACAAUAAUGGGAUAUUAUAUCCAGUGCAUUGUUUAAAAAGUGCGGGGGAUACUUACGUAGAUACCUUGAGAGGUUCCAAUUUUAAUAAUGAAUUUAUUGAUUUAUUAAGUACAAGAGAUAUAUGUAAUACUAUAAAAAAUUAUAUAACUAGGGAGCAGAUAAAGUGUGCUAUAAGUUAUGAUGUUCUUAAUAUUAGUAAUAUAAUAAAUUCCCUUGAGAAAACAUUAUUAAGAGAUCAUAAUAUAAUUAUAAAUGGUAAAGAAGAUAUUUUAAAAAAAUAUCUGAACACCUUUUUGACAUUAUAUAUAAAAAGACAGAGUGAAGAUGUAAAUAAUUUUAUAAAAAAGUUUAGUAAUAGUAAAUUGGAUGUAGUAAUAAAUUAUAGAUAUUAUGAAGAGAAAUUUUUAAGUGAAUAUGAAGAAAUUGAUAGCUUAAAAAAAGGGUUUUCAAAUCAUAUUAGUGAAAUAAAAGAUAUAUUAAAUAAUAUUAGUUCAUCUAAUAAUUAUAAAAAGAAAAGUGGUGUUAUAUAUUUUCCUGAUGUAAAAGAGACAUUAUAUUCGAAGAUACAAAUUUUAAAAGAAAUUUUAUGUAAAUUGAGAAAUAAAGUUUCUUUUAUGUAUAAUAUUAAUUUCGCAUUAGAUGAAUUUAAAGAAAAUUUUGAUAAACAAGUAUAUAAUUUUAAAGGUAAAGAAGGUUUAAAUGAUUUCGUAAGAAUCACAUCAGAUAUUACAAACCCAACAUCCACUUUUACAAAUGUGGUUGAUAUAAAUAAAUUUAAUGUAAAUACCCAAAUGGAUGAAAUUCAAAAUGGUACUCUUAGUAAAGAACAUCUUAAUGAUUUUAGACGUAAUAUUAUUAACCUGGAUGUACAUAUUCGUGAUCCUAGUUCCUUUUGUGUAAACCAAGUGGAAAACCCCACUGAAAUGAAUAUAAACAACCCUUGUAAUAAUAAUGAUGGGAACAAUAUAAAUUGUAAGGACCUCGUAGAAGAAGAUGCGAUGCUUAAUCAUUUUUCUUUUCUAUUACAUCAUUUGGAAAAAAUGACAUGUAUUUUAAUAUUUAGUCUUAAAAACAAAAUAUCGAGUGCUAGAGAUGAUAUUCAAAAAGAUAUAAAUAAGAUGGAGAGUGAAUUAAUUAAUGUAUCUAAUGAAAUAAAUCGUUUAGAUAUUGUUGUUGAUGUACCACAACAUCAUAUUUUAAAUUACCAUAAUAAAAAUGAAAAUAAGGUUUUUAAUCUUAUGAAUAUAAAAAAUGAAUAUUAUGAAUAUUUAGGUGGACACAAUAAAAUAAAUAAUAAUUUCGAUGAUUUUGAUAAUACAUUAAUGUUAUUAGAAAGAAAAACUAAUUGGAUAAAAGAUCAAAAUAUUAUGACAUAUGGUGAUAGAGAAGAUAUACAUGAAGCCAUAAGUUCUACCUUAGAAAUGAUUGAUAAGUUAAAAGAUAUGUAUGUUACGGAGAAUUUUAAUUUAUUAAUAACAUACGAAAAUUUAUAUAAAGAAAUAAAUUUGUUCUUAUAUAAUAAACAAUAUAAUAUAAGCGAGGAAGCUUAUAUAUAUGCAUGGAAUUCGUUAGAAAAUUUUAAAGGCAAAAAAUUACUGACUGAAGGUAUUGACAGACUUUUAGGUUCCGUUAUGUCAAUAUCUUAUGUAAUAAAAUAUGUAAAGGUAGCAAAUAAACAUUUGAAUCCACAAAUAUGUUUUAAUUUAAAUAAAUUAUCUAAUGCAUUUAUGAAUAUAGAAGAAAAAUUAGUUUUAUAUAGAAAUCAAUUUUAUAGAUUAAAUCAUGACAUUACUACAUUAAAAUUAUUUAAAAAUAAUAUAGAGAAAUUAGGAUAUGCUUAUAGAGAUAAUAUGAAUAAAGUACAUAUUAAUAUGGAUACUUAUAAUAUAGCAACCGAAAAUUUACAACACGAAAUUGACAAUAUUCUAGAAAAUAUAAGUGAUGUAUUGUAUGAAGAUAUGCUUAUAAAUGAAUUGAAAACAAUGAGAGCAACAUGGAAGAAUUUUGUUUAUGUUAAAUAUGAUUAUUUUAAACAAAAUAAUAAAUUAAUAGAAGAAUUUGAUGAAAACAAAUUAAUUAUAUUUCCGCCUCAAUUUGGUCUUAUGAAACAAAGUGAACAAACAAAUAUAAGAAAUGAUAAUAAUAAUAAUAAUAAUAAUAAUAACAAUAACAGUAACAAUAACAAUAACAAUAAUAACAAUAAUAAAGAUAAUUCUGUUGCUUCAUUAGGAUCAUCUAUAUUAACAAGAACUUCUUCACCAGAUAAUUAUUUAAUUGGUCAGAAUUUUAUAAAAUCUCCAUACUAUAAUUUAUUAUAUGAGUUUGCUACCGAAAAAAUAAAUUGUGCAAAAACACCAGAAGAAAGAAUUAAAAGUUUUGGAGAGAUAUAUAGAACUAUAGAUCGAGUUUCUAGUGUUAUCAAAGAAAAUAGAAAAAACCUAAGAUCUAAAUAUGAUAAUAUGCGUAUAGAAAUAUUAAAACUUAUAGAUUAUAGAAAACAUACUUUUGAAGAAACAAAAGAUGUUCAUAAAGAAUUAAUAAGAUUAGAAGGAUUUAUUUUAAAUACAUUAGAUAAUUUAUUUGCUAAAAGAAUGACAUUAAGUGUCCAGAUGAAAAAUUCUGUUGAAAUGUUAAAAGGAAGUUUAUAUAAAGACAAAUUACCUGAUUAUUGUAAGGCCGUUGAAAUGUUCAUUCCUAAAUAUUUUUUAACAAUGACAAGAUGGAGAAAUUUUCUGCUUGAAUAUAGAAAGAUUAUGCCAUCCCGUGUUAUAUCAAAAUUUUAUUCUACAUGA